GUUGGGAUGAUUGGAGCGAUUUCACCGUUUGCAGUGUGGCUUGUGGCAAGGGCGUGCAGCAGCGCUUCCGACGUUGCCUUCUCGAUAAUCCCAUGGUCGAUAUGAAAAUGAAUUUCAAUGAAAUCGAGGAAGAAGAAAUUGAAGCUGAGGAAGAAGAGUUGGAGGUGGAAGAGCAAGUGGAACAGUACGAUGACGAUAAUGAACUGAUGGACGAUGAGGUUACGGGAGAUGCCGAGGAGGAAAAACAAUACGACGAUAUUGACAGAAUGAUAUUUGAGGAUGAUGAUGACGAUGAAAUCAUUGAACAGCUCAAAGCUAUUGACAACUAUGACAGUGCCGAUGAUGAUGACGAUGGCGAACGUUCGAUGCUGAAUGCUGUUGCUAGCGGCGGUGGUGGUCAAGCUGUUGCCUUUGGAUUUAUAAAUGAACGUUAUGAAAAACCGGAUGUUAGAAAUAAAAAGCAUCGUAGAAGAGCUCAACUAUCACAGGAUGUUGCCAGGCAACGGAAUAGAGCAGAGACCGCCGAUGAGGCGUUGGAUGGCGUUGAAGUGAUGACCCAAACGGAUGUAUACGAAGUGGACAACAAUAUGUUGCACUUUGUGACAGCACCAUCAGCGUCACUAGGUGAAAAAACACAAUCACGAAGGGCAAAAAAUAAACUUAAAACAAGAACAGCAACGACAACAACUGAACAACCCGAAAUUAUGCGCAUAUUUGAGGGUGAUUUCAACGAUGUCUACAGCGAACGAAUUUACAAUGAAAGUCCAUUUAAUGGUCCCCAGUUGUCGGAGGAUAAACGAGACUUGAAAAUGUACAAAAAAGGACAGCGUUCGAAGCAUAAACGUCAUAAAUCAGCAAAAAUUGUGAGCACAAUGUUCUGCGAAGGCUACAAUAUCGAACAGAGAACGUGCAAUAAUUUUGAAUGUAGUGAUGAUAUCAAUGAUUUAUUGAAGUUUUAUCGAAAAUAUCCCAGCAACGAGAAAACAACAGCUGUAUCUUCUUCUUCAUCAUCAUCAUCAUCGUCGGGAGCGGCAUGGACGGUCACUUCUUCAGUCACUACCGCAACAGCAACUAAUUUUAAUGUCGGAUCUGUUCCAUCCACACAGGCAAAUGAUUUGAGUGCCUGGAAUGGUUUUACAGAAAAUACAAACACCAUAACACCAAUACCGAAAAAUACUGGCUUUGUUAAAACAUGGCACAACUUUUUAAAUUUUACCAUUAUGCUGACACUGCGAGCGAAGAAUGACAGUUAUAACUCGGCGACAAUAUUCUCAAUUCGCAAUGGUACACACAAUCUGUACUUGGAAACAUAUCGAGAUGGUUUACACCUGUAUUUGGAAAGAGAUAAAACCACCGAAAUGCUGCCCAUUCAAUUUAAUUUAUACGACUAUCGGUGGCAUCAAGUGGCCAUAAGCAUAAAAAAUGGUGAUUUCAUAACGAUUUACAUCGAUUGUUCCUGGUCGAACAGUUUUGGUGAACUACAACAACUAUUGAUAUUACCACGACUGCAAGGACGUCGGCAAUGUUCAGACAAACGAAUAUCCAUAAAUGAAGUGAAACGUUAUAUAAUCGAUACAUUUAUCGGUGAUUAUGGGAAUUAA